AAUCGCAUUAAUCCCCUGCGUCAACCGAAUAAGGCAUAUCGUUGUUCGACCAGGUGUGUAAGAUAUAUAUAUAUAAAUGGUAUACAAAUGGUAUCCGAAGCUCGCGAUCUUGCUGGUGUUGGGAUUGCGCUAAGUGUCAAGGCUGAGCGCUCGCUUCUUGACUGGAUUCCCAUCAGUAAUCUGCGCACCUGGUGGUUGCACAGAUUUGGACAUCGGAAGGAAACAAAAAAUACAAACCAUACACUUUCUCGUAACCGUGCAUUCGUAGCGUUUAGCACAAUGCUAUGCAAUGCAGAUUUUAAGAUCUUGAGUUUGUUCGAUCAUAAGAAACUUUUCUUUCUCGUUCAUCUUCUUCACCCAGUUUUGAUUAACCUGAUGGCCAUGAAUGAGACGGAUCGCAAAGAACGCCAUUCAAAACCGACCCCUUCCCGUCGGAACUUGGGCACUUUCGGUGGCGUGUUCUGUUCCGUCACACUGUCCCAAUUCAGCAGUGUGAUUUUUCUACGUCUGGGAUUUAUUAUCGGACAAUCUGGCCUGUUGGAAUGUAUAUUGCAGUUUUUUAUGGCCUACGGUAUUCUCCUUCUGACCGUUUUAUCCAUAUGCGCAAUCAGCACCAACGGAGCUAUUGAAGGCGGUGGGGUGUAUUUCAUGCUGAGUCGAACCUUGGGACCGGAAUUCGGUGGAGCCAUCGGCACAGUGUUUUACUUCGGCCAGGUUUGCUGUUCUGCUCUAUACAUCACUGGAUUCGUUGAAGCCCUCGUAAAUAACUUUGGCCCGAUGGGUAAGUAUGGUCCAAGUGGAAGGUGCAAUGCACCAUUAUGCAUCAGACAGAUUAAGAGCCACGAAGCCUCUGAAAGCCUCAGUGUGGUGGAGGUAAAUGUCUCGGGAAGCCCUGCUCACUGCCAUUCCGUGUCGGAGGCGUUUUUGCACCGAAGGGCGAGGAAGAAAAGCCAACAUCCGAGGCUGUUACCAGGUUGGUGA